AGAUUACUCAUUAUCACAGCACCAGCGAGCGGCGGGCGACUGGUGUAGAGGAAAGCGUUACUAUCCCCUGAGACUCGACAUGGAGAACACAUACGUGGUGCUACACGGCCUGAAGGACCUCCGCCUGGAGACGAAGCCCAUCCCGCCUCUCGCUGACGAUGAUGUGCUCGUCCGCAUCAAGAAGGUGGGUCUGUGCGGGACUGACUUGUCGAUGGUGUACAAGGGUAGAACUGGCGACCUUCAGGUGCAGUACCCCACCGGUGUGGGUCACGAAGUCUCAGCGGUGGUCAGCCAAUGCGGCAAGAACGUCACGCAUGUAAAGACUGGUGACCGCGUGACCGUGGAGCCCGGCAGCUUCUGCCGCCAGUGUGACCUGUGCCUCGCCGGGAAGUACAACGUGUGUGCCAAGUCAAGCUUCCACUCAGACGUCGCCCUCUACCCAGGGUGCCUCGCUCGCUACUUCAAGUACAAGGCCCAUCUCAUACACAAGUUGCCGGACUCCGUCAGUGACGAGGAAGGAGCCAUAGUGGAGCCGCUGGCCGUCGCCGUGCACGCCUGCCGCCGCGCCGAAGUCUCUGCUGGGUGUAGCAUGCUGGUGACGGGUGCGGGGCCCAUCGGCCUGCUGUGCCUCGUCACCGCUAAGGCUUUUGGCGCUACCAACAUUCUGGUCACUGACAUCAAGGACAGCCGCCUGGCGAUGGCAAAGCGGAUGGGGGCGGACCACACCCUGCUGGUGACCUCCGGGGACGCCCAGAGCCAGGCCCAACAGGUGCAGCAAAUCAUGGGCUACCAGCCGGACAUCACCAUGGAGUGCAGCGGCACCAAGGAGGGGCUCUCUCUCGGCAUCUACGCAACAAAGUCCCGCGGGAAGUUGGUACAGGUGGGGCUCAGCGCCCCCGAGGUCACCGUUCCCCUGGUGCACGCCGGGGUGCGGGAGAUUGACAUCAUAGGCGUCUACCGCUAUCUUAACUGCUACCCCAUCGCCAUCAACCUGCUGGCCAAGAAGCUGGUGGACGUGAAGCCUCUCAUCACGCACCGUUUUAACUUUGAAGAGUUCCAGAAGGCUUUCGACAUGUUCUACUCAGCAGAGGACGGAGCCAUCAAGUGCAUGAUCUCGUGUUAGCGGGACUGCAACAACCACUAGCUACACAGCCCUACCCUUCAAAGUGCCAUUCUCUAUUGAAACAUUGCUAGUCUGUUUAUCAGUAAGGCCUUCGCUGGACAUUCUCGUCUGUUGUAUAUCAAGUGAGAAAUAAAAUUUUAAAGCACAA